AUGGCCAACCAACGCGUACAAUCCUCCUUCAUAGCCUUUCUCAAACAUCCGUUCGUCCAAACGUUCACAUGGUGUUAUAUGCUGUUUCAAGCUGUCAUCAAUUGGUUCUUUGCACCCGUUCCUCCUCCUCCCAAGUCUAUGGCCGAUGGCCUCCCAAAGAAGAGAGUGGCCAUCAUCGGUGCUGGUCUAACCGGCGUAUCUUCCGCGGCCCACUGUGUCGGUCAUGGCUUCGAUGUGCAGAUUUUCGAAUCCCGGUCCAAGGAGAAAGGAUUGGGUGGGAUUUGGAGCAGAGUGAACUCCACUUCAUCCCUGCAAAUCCACAGCAUCAUGUACCGUUUCCACCCCUCAGUCAGAUAUGAUACGGCCUAUCCGACUCAAGGUGAAAUACGCGACCAAAUCAUUGACCUCUGGGAGCGAUAUGGCCUGGGAAAACGGACCGUGUUCGACACCCCCGUCACGUCGGUCAAACAAGCUAAGAAUGGAAAAUGGAUCAUCAACGAUGACCCAAACAACUACGGUCUUUUUGACGGGGUCAUCGCCGCUGUAGGCGUCUGCGGAGACCCAAAGAUGCCGCCCCUCCCUGACCAAGAGCAAUUUAAGGGUCGUAUCUUCCACUCGUCCAACUUGGAUGGCAAAGAUGUCAAGGGCAAGCGGGUCCUCAUUGUCGGAGGAGGUGCCAGCGCCAUUGAAGCAUUGGAAUUCGCAGUCAAGUCAGGCGCCUCGGAGAUUGACGUCCUAUCACGAUCAGAUAAAUGGGUCAUCCCACGCAACGUUCUGGUGCAGUCUUUGCUUGCCUGCAACAUUUUCGGGCAGGAAACCAUGUUGUCGUGGAUUCCCGAGUGGCUGCUGCAUAAGUUCUUCUAUCGAGACCUAGAGGACAUCGCGCCCUCGGGUGGUCUCUUCACACAAACUCCCAUGGCCAAUUCUGAGCUCUUCGAGCAGAUCCGCAAAGGUAACGCGCGCUGGCUUCGCGGGGACAUCGUUUCCGUCAAGGAAAACGGCAUCCUCUUCAACCAUCGGUCCAAAGGAGUGCCCAAGGGUGGCCCCGGACAUGAAUCCGUCGUGCCAGGAGACGUCGUCAUCAUGGCAACCGGGUUCAAACGGCCUUCCCUCUCCUUCCUGCCGAACGAAGUGUUUGAAGAACCUUAUGCUCCGCCCAGCUGGUAUCUCCAAGUGUUCCCUCCUAAACAUACAAGUAUCUGUGCCAACAAUAGUACCUAUGUGAACGCCAUUGGAACCGUGGGUAACAUGCACAUCGGAAUCUACACCCGCUUCCUCCUCAUGUUCCUCACCGACCCUCUCACGCGGCCGACCGAGGGCCGGAUGAAGACUUGGAUUGAUUUCACCCGGUUCAUGAAGCGGUGGUCCCCCACUGGUGCGUUUGACUUUUUCACCUAUGCUGAACUCAUCUACUGGUUUGUCUUCGUGCUCCUGGUGAACCCCUUCCGGUGGAAGUGGGCGCCGUUCAUCCUAUUUGGCCUGGGACGGGGCCUCCCACUGGAGGUCGUCAAACAUGAAGAGGCAUUCCGGGAUCAGUUAAGAAAGCAGCAUCAGGGUUAG